AUGUCAUCCGGACAGCACUGGAAACACACUCGGACUUUCGCCUUGACCACCUUGCGCGAAUUCGGAUUUGGAAAGAAGUCUUUGGAAGCGCGUGUCAUGGAAGAAGUUCAGGCGUUUCUAGAGGUGAUGGGAAACAACAGCGGGAAAGUUUACGACCCGAAGCACGUUAUUCAAAUAAGUAUUUCAAAUAUUAUCUGCAGCAUAGUGUUUGGUAAAAGAUUCGAGCACAGGGAUACCAAGUUCUAUCAACUUGUUGAUCUCCUAGAAGAAACAUUUCGUUUGAACCAAACUGGUAGUGCUUCUCGGAAUAUGUCGUGGCUAAGAUUCCUACCCGGUGAUUUCUUCAAGAUCAAAAGAGUUCGUGAUAAUUUCUAUGAAAUAUCGGAUUAUAUGCAACAGCAAAUUACUGAUCAUACAAACACUUUUAAUCCAAGCAAUCCAAGAGACUUUAUCGACGCUUUUUUGAAGGAGCAGGAAAGACAAGAACCUGGUAGUGCAGUUUUUGAAGAUUUUAAUUUACAAGCUACAAUCCUCAAUUUAUUUGUGGCUGGGACGGAGACCACCGCCACGACGAUACGCUGGACAAUUCUACAGCUGAUCUACCAUACGGACAUCCAGGACAGACUUCGCGGGGAGAUCGACAAUGUCAUUGGUCCGUCCAGGUUUCCGACUCUCAGCGACAAAGAAAAUAUGCCUUAUUACGAAGCAGUGAUUACAGAGGCCCUAAGAUUCCCCACGUUCAGCGUUCCCCACGGGGCAUCAAAGGAUGUAGAAUUAAUGGGGAUGACCAUUCCCAAAGGAUCGACAAUUAUACCCAAUUUGGACUCAGUUCAUUUCGACCCAAACGUGUUCAAGGAACCCACAAAGUUUAAUCCAGACCGAUUUUUAGGCGAAGAUGGAAAAUUGAACGGAAAAGAAAAAUAUGUGUUUGCGUUUUCUCUAGGACGUCGGAUAUGUCUGGGUGAAUCGCUGGCGAGGCUGGAAUUGUUUCUGUUUCUGACAACACUGAUACAGAGAUUCGAACUACUUCCGGAAAAACCCGACAAAAUGCCAGCUGGCGCACCGUCCAAUGGCAUAUUAACAGGCCCGCCUGACUAUAAAUUCAAGGCCGUGAAAAUCAACUGACA